AGCGCUUCGGCUAAUCUCAACACAAAGGAGGAGUUCGGCCGGUGUCCGCCGCAUCCGUCCCGGAUCGGCCCGUUGGAUGAGGGCUGAGCCUCCUGUAGAGAUCCAUCAUGGUGCUGACCGGGAAACGUUCGGAGAAAGGUCCGGCCUGCUGGAAGAGGAGGGUAAAGUCUGAAUACAUGAGGCUCCGGCAGCUGAAACGCUUCAGACGAGCCGACGAGGUCAAGAGCAUGUUCAACACCAACCGUCAGAAAAUCUUGGAGCGAACUGAUAUUUUGAACCAGGAGUGGAAAACCAGGAGGAUCCAGCCUGUCCUCAUCAUGAAGUCUGUCAAUUCUUUACGGGGGACCCGAGAGUGCACGGUGGACAGCGGUUUCACAGAGUUCCCCCGUCAGGUCAUCCCCCUGAAGACUCUGAAUACCGUGGCCUCAGUUCCGGUCAUGUACUCUUGGUCUCCACUGCAGCAGAACUUCAUGGUGGAAGACGAGACGGUGCUGCACAACAUUCCCUACAUGGGAGAUGAGAUCCUGGACCAGGAUGGGACUUUCAUAGAGGAACUCAUCAAGAACUACGAUGGGAAAGUCCACGGAGACCGAGAGUGCGGCUUCAUCAACGAUGAGAUCUUUGUGGAGUUGGUCAGCGCUCUGACGGAGUACAGCGACAACGAGGACGACGAGAAGGAGGAAGAGCAGGACUUUAAGGUGGAUAAGAUGGACCUGUGCGACAGCAACGACCACCCAGAGGACCAUCGCAAAGACCGGCUGGAGGGCCGAAGCAGCAGCGACUCCAGUAAGAAGUUUCCUUCUGACAAGAUCUUUGAAGCCAUCUCCUCCAUGUUCCCCGACAAAGGCUCCACCGAGGAGCUCAAAGAGAAGUACAAGGAGCUGACGGAGCAGCAGCUGCCGGGCGCUCUGCCGCCAGAGUGCACGCCGAACAUCGACGGUCCGAACGCUCGCUCCGUGCAGCGCGAGCAGAGCCUGCACUCCUUCCACACCCUGUUCUGCAGACGCUGCUUCAAAUACGACUGCUUCCUGCACCCCUUCCAUGCAACUCCAAACACCUACAAACGCAAGAACCUGGAGAACCUGGUGGACACCAAACCCUGCGGCCUCAGCUGCUACAUGUACCUGGUGCAGGAGGGGAUGGUGAGGGAGUACCCUGCGGGCGUCGUCAACGAGCGGCCCAAGACUCCCUCCAAGCGCACGGUGGGCCGGCGCCGCGGCCGACAGCCCAAUAGCAACAGCAACAGUCGGCCCAGCACUCCGACCGUCUCUUCAGAAACCAAAGAUACCGACAGCGACUGCGAGGGAAGCAAGGAGGAUGAGCGGGACAACGACGACAACAAGAAGGACGAGGUCACCAGCAGCUCCGAGGGAAACUCCCGGUGUCAGACGCCGGUGAAGAUGAAGCUGAGCGGCGAGGCUGAAGCCGUGGACUGGAGCGGAGCCGAAGCCUCCCUGUUCAGGGUCCUCAUCGGGACGUACUACGACAACUUCUGCGCCAUCGCUCGCCUCAUAGGAACCAAGACCUGCAGACAGGUCUACGAGUUCCGGGUCAAAGAGUCGGCCAUCAUCGCCCGCGCUCCGGCUGAAGACGAGGACACUCCGCCCAGGAAGAAGAAGAGGAAGCAUCGGCUGUGGGCCACCCACUGCAGGAAGAUCCAGCUGAAGAAAGAUGGAUCGUCCAAUCACGUGUACAACUACCAACCAUGUGACCACCCCCGGCAGCCCUGCGACUCCUCCUGUCCCUGCGUCACGGCUCAGAACUUCUGCGAGAAGUUCUGCCAGUGCAGCUCCGAGUGUCAGAACCGUUUCCCGGGCUGUCGGUGCAAAGCCCAGUGCAACACCAAGCAGUGCCCCUGCUACCUGGCUGUGAGGGAGUGCGACCCGGACCUGUGCCUGACCUGUGGCGCCGCUGACCACUGGGACAGCAAGAAUGUGUCCUGUAAGAACUGCUCCAUUCAGAGGGGGGCCAAGAAGCACCUGCUGCUGGCGCCGUCCGACGUGGCCGGUUGGGGCAUCUUCAUCAAGGAGCCGGUUCAGAAGAACGAGUUCAUCUCGGAGUACUGCGGAGAGAUUAUCUCUCAGGACGAAGCCGACCGCAGAGGGAAAGUCUACGAUAAAUACAUGUGCAGCUUCCUGUUUAACCUGAACAACGAUUUUGUCGUCGACGCCACGAGGAAAGGGAACAAGAUCCGCUUCGCUAAUCAUUCUGUCAAUCCUAACUGUUAUGCAAAAGUGAUGAUGGUGAACGGGGACCAUCGGAUCGGGAUCUUCGCCAAGAGAGCCAUUCAAACCGGAGAGGAACUCUUCUUCGACUACAGGUACAGCCAGGCCGACGCUCUGAAGUACGUCGGCAUCGAGCGCGAGACUGAGAUCGCCUGAUUCUACCUCCUGACGGACGACAAGGCCUUACACACACACACACACACACACACCUUCAGGAAGUCUGGUCGACAGUUUCAGGAAAGUUUCAGACUGGUCUCUCCCGUCGGGACGUUUGGAUCCACAUUUUGUUAAUUUUCUACGCGUUUGAGACGGAACCACAACUUUUUAAAAGUUCUACACUUCAGGGACCAAACUCCUCCACCAGCAGCUCUUCGGACCGCAGACCGGGCUCUGUCGGUUCUUCUCUG